AUGCUGUCUCAAUGGGCAAGUUCUCUUACUCAUUUCAUAUGGUCUCCCGCUAACCAGCUACUUACAGCUACCGCCACUGGAGCGAACAUGGCACAAGACCUCAAGCCAGCUGGAGACGCUGCUGUCAAAGUCAAGCCAUGCUGCGUAUGCAAAGAAGAGAAAGCCUCCCGCGACGAAUGCAUGCUAUUCAGCAAUGCACCGAACCCGCAGAAGGACUGCGCGACUACGAUUGACAAGUAUAAGAGCUGUAUGGCGGGCUUUGGAUUCAAGCUUCCUUAG